UCAGAAUCGGAGCAUUGUGGAGGUGUCAUAGAAGACAUCCUACAAGAUUGUUGAAGAUGUGCGUUUAAGGAGUCAUGUCCAGUGACAUUAUUGGAAGAGAUGACCUUCCUGAAUUGUCUGAUCCCAGGAACGCAGUCCGAUCCUACCCAUGGACGAUUGAUAACAAAUAUUAUACUGCUACUGUUCAUCUCUGUGUGGUUCCCAAUAAAUUCAUCCUGACAAAGGAGAUUGCUGACUCAGUGGAGGCCUUCUUGAUUUACUUUGACAGCACAACAAAAACGGGACUUGAUGAGGUAUCCACUUGGCUUCCUUUGACUCAAGAGUGGACCCCUGAGGUUUUGAUUCUGGUGUGUGACAGAGUUUCAGACAAUGGGGUGAGCAGGCAAACAGCACAGCAAUGGUGUAUUAAAUAUGGGUUUGAAUUGGUGGAGCUCAAUCCAGAAGAUUUGCCAGAUGAAGAAGAUGACUUUCCUGAAUCUACUGGAGUAACGAGAAUUAUCCAAGCUUUGAAUGCAAAUGUAUGGUCAAAUGUUGAGAUGAAAACAGAUAGGCCUCAAGAUUUUGGAAUACUUAGUAGUUUAACUGGUGUGCUUGAGAAUUGUCAAACAGAAGCUGAAACGCAGGUGGAAUACCACAACCUUGCAGAACUUGAUGCUGAAUCCCUUGCAGAAGAUAGAGAUGGCGUGGCAGCUCUUCAGCCAGAUAGUUUCAUGGAUCCUAUGUUACAUUUGGAUAUCCAAGAACUCGCCACCCUUACCACAGGUGAGGUUGACUGUGAAAAUUUUGAGCGUCUAUUUGAGAAGCUGAAAGAAAUGAAAGACAAAGCAGCAACAUUACCUCAUGAACAAAGAAAACUACAUGCAGAAAAGGUUGCUAAAGCUUUUUGGAUGGCUAUUGGUGGAGACAGAGAAGAGAUUGAGGAGCCAUCUGAUGAAGACUGUGACUAAGAACCUGAUUAUUUUCAGAUUUUUCAGAUGAAAGGUUUUAUUUUGUGUAUAAGCCAGUGUUUUGCUUGGGGGUCUUGCUGAGCAAUUCAUUCCCUGGGUUGCCGGGUCAAGGUUUUUCAUGCAAGUCGAUGUUUUGAAUCAACUGAAUGUUAAGAUUUGGAUCUGUAUCUGUGUUUUCUCCUAUCUACACUGUACUUAUGUAUUAGACUAAACAUUUGAGCUAAGAAGUCCUGUGGGAGGAAGCAGUGUCGCUGCCCACUCCUGGGCUACACCACCUUCUCAGACCCUGGCCUUGUGAAUGAACUGAUUCUGGUUUUGGUAUAUUUUGAGCCUUCCCAUUCCUAAUGCACUCGGUCUCAUUCCAAGUCCUUGGUCUAUUUUUAUUAUGCAGAGAGAAUUCUGUAAUACAGUAGCUUUGCCACUCGUGCACUUGUUUCAUUUAUGGAUUGGUUACAUUAGUAAAGUGUUAUUGGACUAACCAGUGCCAGACCAAUUUCAAACACAAAGAAUGCAGUGUGACUUGUCUGUAAAUAUGUUACAAAUUCAGCACAAAAGCUCUGAUUAACUGGUUUGUUUGUAUCGUCUCAGUCCUAAAUGUCCUACCACCCCCUUGUCCUCAGACAGUAAUCCCUAGUUCUGGAUUCCCCUGUCAUCGGGAACAUCAUUCCUGCAUUUACCUUUCGCUAGUCCUGUAAAAUUUUAUAGGUUUUUUUUGUGAUUCCCCUCCCUCAAUCUUAACUUCAGUGAAUAUAGUCCUCGUCAAUCCAGUCUCUCUUCAUAUGUCAGGCCUGCCAUAGUUAGUAACUAUGACUUAAAAUGGCUUGAAAUGUGCAACCUUGUAUUGAGAAACAUAUAAAAAGAUUGUAAUAAAAUAAAUCAUCUAAUAUAAAGUUAACCCACCUGUACAGGAAAAAUAACUGAAAUAAAUGUCAUUAUUCCUUGUAUAUGUCAGAGAAGCUGUCCUUAAAAUCUUUGUUUGCUACAUGUCAAAAAUAAGUGUACACUGAAUCCUACAACAAUAAGCACACAGUAAGGUAUUUUUAGUUUUUCAUUGCAAGAAGGUUGAAAUGCAAACAGGAAAAUUGCACUGCUGCCAACCAUAUCAAUAUUCACAUUUCAAUGGUGUGAGACACUCAAAUCUCCUCUAUGAAGCUUCUCAUUUUUCUGGAAAUUGGUCUGUUUAUUGUUAUCUGUGUAUUGUUUAUCUAUUCCUUUUGGAGUUAACUGCUGGAAAAUGGCAAUGCAAUUGAGGAAAGUGGUGGUACACCAUUGUAAACCUCUCACCCCUAUGGAAGCUACUUUCAAAUCUACUCACUGCAGACAGAUGAUGUGACUGAGUGUCUCAGUCUCUGUCUCUGCCCACAGAACUACUGUGUGAAAACCAUUUCGGCUGUCUGAUCGAAUUCCUAAAGCGGCGUAUAUUCACAGCACAAAAACUGCUGUGAACGUGGUGCCAAAUUGACUCAAAAGCAACACGUUGAGAUGGGAAAUGAGAAAAAUAUUGUAUUGGUACAAUGAGAUUAACUUGAGGUUUGUACUCCGGUAUGUGGUUAGGAGCUAAACUCGUCUUUAAUCUGACUUUGUAGAGUGUGAGGUACCAAAAUGGGAAAAUGUUCCAUUUUUGCAGUUCUAAUAGCCCUUGCCUCCAAGCAAAAUGUGAAAUCUAGAAUGGCAUACAAAAUUAAAAUUCUAUUAGAAUUUCACAAAAAGCCUGAUUUUAAAAAUGACUAAUUGUUAUUGUGUAGAAAUGAAAUAAAUUCUCUAUGUCCUUG